UUCGUGCCGCUCCUCCGCGGGGCUGGGGCGGGAGGCUCGCAGAGUCUUCUCCUGGGGCCGGAGAGUGUCACCUUCAGCCCUCAUACAGUAGGACUGAAAAACCCGCCGGCGCUGCUAGUUCCUUUUUACACGUUGGAGUGUCAGUGGGUGACAUCUGAGGUGUAAAAGUGAUUUUUCAUGUGCCUGCGUGGUUUUAGUGAGGGCUGAAACGGUUAACCGUUAAAUAAAGAAGCAAGGCUAGCAGGAGGCUUUCAUUUGUACAGCAAAUCAAAUGUGAAGUAUCUUUUACAUCUUAAACAGUUGAUUUUUUGUCCACGAUGUAGGAGGUACUAGAGAAUGUCUUUUCGUGGAAGAGGAGGUGGAGGAGGAAGAGGUGGCUUCAGUCGUGGAGGAGGUGGUGGUGACAGAGGUGGCUUUAAUCGUGGUGGACGAGGUGGCUUUGGACGGGGAGGUGGACGAGGAGGCUUCAACAGAGGCGGAUAUGACCAGGGGCCUCCAGAAAGGGUAGUUUUAUUGGGAGAGUUCAUGCAUCCGUGCGAAGAUGACAUUGUUUGUAAAUGUAAAACAGAAGAAAACAAAGUGCCUUAUUUUAACGCCCCAGUGUACUUGGAUAAUAAAGAACAGAUUGGUAAAGUGGAUGAAAUCUUUGGACAGCUGAGAGAUUUUUAUUUUUCAGUGAAACUGUCUGAGAACAUGAAAGCCUCUUCAUUUAAAAAAAUGCAAAAGUUUUACAUUGAUCCAGCAAAACUGCUACCCCUUCAAAGAUUUUUGCCAAGGCCGCCUGGAGAAAAAGGUGCUCCCAGAGGAGGUGGUAGAGGAGGACGUGGUGGUGGACGUGGAGGAGGAAGAGGCGGUGGUAGAGGAGGAUUUGGAGGAGGAAGAGGUGGAGGAAGAGGAGGAGGAUUCAGAGGAGGAGGAAGAGGUGGAGGAGGAGGAUUCAGAGGAGGAAGAGGAGGUGGAGGAGGCUUUCGGGGAAGAGGAUAUUAAAAAUGGAGCCAUGAGUAUCUCGCCGCUGUCUUACCGUAUCAUCUGCAGAGAUGAAGAAUGAGGAGCAAUUUUUUUAAAGGACCCUGACAAAGUUCUUUUUAUAAAAAACUUGAAGUUGUAAAAUGACAGUUAUUUUUACACUUAAAGACUGUUGAUCAACACAUGAGGAGAGUGUAGCCCCAGGCAAAGAACUGAAGACUGCUGAGAAUAUACUUGAACUUUUUAAAGGAAGCCAGGAUUCAAUGUUACUCUUAAACUGUUUGUUUCUGACAAGUGACAUGGUCAAUGCUUGACUUCAUGUUGGAGUUUGGAGUAAACAGUCAAUUGAAGUGUUUUUUCAAAAACCCCUGCCAGUUCACUACAUGCACAUUUGUCGGUAUGAACCUGUUACCUAUGUGUGAUAGAUCUCUAAUUCUUAUUCUCUUUUUAUAUUGAGUCUUCUGAGUUGCUGUACAGAGGACAGUGCCAUUUAAACAACCUUUGUGAACCUUUUGUUUACAAAGUAAACUUCAAACCUUUGUGUUGAUAGCAUGUUUUUAUACAUAACAAUGUAUAAAAGGAAGAUAGCAAAGGCUCUUUUGUGGAUUUUUGUGUAUUAUUUUUCUGUGGGUUUUUCUCAAUGAAAACCAAAGGCAUUAAGACCAAGGUUAAUACUCUUCUUAAGUCACCUAAUUGUAUCUAAUUACACAUACUAAAAUUGCUAGGAGUUUUUAACUGCCCCCACCUCCUCAUUAGCCUCUUCAGGUUUUGAUGUCCUGGCACCACACCUCUGUGGUGCUCUGAGCUUCCUUAGGGCUAAGAUGAGAGAGCCCAUCACAGGCCUCUUCUGCACACGGUGCUUUCAGUUACGUAUUGCUUAAAAAAAGCAUGAAAAACUA